AUGGUUAGGCAUUUCCCCAUCAAUGACGUCCAGAGUGUCCUGCCUGCCCAUUUUGGGUUCUGGCCGGGUAACUCAACCACUCCCGGAGAAGUCACCAGUCGUGUUUUCUCCCCCAAACUUCCGGUGGUUUGCCGGAAACUUCAUAGUAAGCAGCCGUUUGGAAUGUUCAAAGGCGAAAAUGGCAUGAACUACGCAUUUUCGACCUUUUUGAUUGAAGCAAUCAUCAUCAUUUUCUUCAUCAAAUUCGUUAGCUUCCUCCUUCGACCUUUUCGUCAACCUCGUAUAGUCAGUGAGAUCAUUGGUGGAAUGAUGAUAGGACCGUCCUUGUUUGGAGGAAGCAGAAAUUUCAAUUACUAUCUAUUCCCACCGAUCGCAAACUACAUAUGCGCAAACAUAGGACUAUUGGGAUUCUUUUACUUCCUCUUCCUCACGGCCGCCAAGACAGACGUCACAUCCAUUGGGAAGGCACCAAGAAAGCACAAGUACAUUGCUGCCAUCGGCAUUGUCGUGCCCAUUAUCUGCGUGGGAGCCGCGGGGAUGGCCCUGCGAGACCAAAUGGAUGAAAGCUUGAAGAAGCCUUCGUCCAUUGGAGGGAUCGUUUUCGCCUUGGCUUUCACCUCUUUCCCUGUUAUUUACACCGUUUUGAGAGACAUGAACCUUCUCAACUCCGAGGUGGGCAAGUUUGCCAUGUCGGUGGCUCUCCUUGGAGACAUGGCAGGGGUUUACGUGAUUGUUUUUUUUGAAGCCAUGACGCAUGCUGACGUUGGAGGAGCUUAUUCUGUAGUCUGGUUUCUAAUAUCGGUGAUUAUCUUCGCCACUUUUAUGCUUCUGGUUGUAAGACGAGCCUUUGAUUGGAUUAUCUCCCAAACGCCUGAAGGAACACUUGUGAACCAAAACUACAUCGUUAUGAUUCUCAUGGGUGUCCUUGUCUCUUGUUUCCUCACUGACAUGUUCGGUCUUGCUAUAGCCGUGGGACCAAUUUGGCUAGGGUUGCUUGUCCCUCAUGGUCCACCGUUGAGUUCGACGUUGUCUGUUCGGAGCGAGACCUUUAUCUAUGAGUUUUUGAUGCCUUUCUCUUUUGCUUUGGUGGGACAAGGCACUAAUGUCCACUUCAUUAGAGAUGAGAUAUGGCCUGACCAGCUCGCUCCUCUCGUCUACAUGACCGUUGUCGCCUUCAUAACCAAGUUUCUCUCUACCGCUGCCACUGCUCUCUUCUUCAAAGUCCCUGCUAGGGACAGUAUCACGCUUGGUUUGAUGAUGAAUUUGAGAGGCCAGAUGGAUAUCUUGGUCUACUUGCAUUGGAUCGAUAAACGUAUUGUGGGCUUUCCCGGUUUCACUAUCAUGGUUUUGCAUGCGGUUGUUGUUACGGCUGUAAUGACGCCACUCAUCAGCUUUCUCUACGAUCCCAAUCGGCCUUACAGAAGCAGCAAACACCGCACCAUCCAGCAUACUCCUCACAACACCGAGAUGGGACUCGUUCUUGCAGUGUCCGACCAUGAAACCUUGUCCGGCUUGAUCACCUUCCUCGACUUCGCCUAUCCCACUAAAAAUAGUCCCUUGUCUAUAUUGGCAGUCCAGCUGGUGGAACUAACAGGGAGAGCCACGCCGUUAUUUAUUGACCACGAGCGGGGAAAGGAGGAGGAAGAAGAAUACGAGGAGGAAGAGGAAGAGAAAGAGCGUACGCAAAGUGGAAGAGUAGACCAAGUGCAGAGCGCCUUUAAGUUAUACCAAGAGAAAAGAGAUGAGUGCGUGACGCUACGUGCCUACACCGCUCAUGCUCCAAAGCGUCUCAUGUACCAAGACAUUUGCGAGCUGGCCUUGGCCAAGAAAACCGCUUUCAUUCUCUUACCUUAUCAAAAAGAGCGUCUUGAAGACGCAGCCCCUACGGAGCUACGUGACUCCGGCAUGUUAUCCGUAAACGUAGACGUUUUAUCACACACACCAUGCUCAGUCUGUAUCUAUUACGACAAGGGACGGCUUAAAAACGCCGUGGUUCGGUUAUCCAUGGACCUACAACACUCAACAAACUCAAGCCGUUUUAAGCAAGAAACGUACCGUUUCGUGGUUCUGUUUUUAGGAGGAGCUGAUAACAGAGAAGCUCUACAUCUUGCGGAUAGAAUGUCGACGAACCCGGACGUAACCUUGACGGUGAUCCGAUUUUUGUCGUACAACCACGAAGGAGAGGACGAGAGAGAGAAGAAGCUAGACGAUGGGGUAGUGACAUGGUUUUGGGUCAAGAACGAAAGCAACGAGAGGGUCAGUUACAAGGAGGUUGUAGUCAAGAACGGUGCUGAGACAGUGGCUGCGAUCCAGGCAAUGAACGUUAACGACUACGAUCUAUGGAUAACCGGGAGAAGAGAAGGGAUCAACCCAAAGAUUCUAGAAGGGUUAGACACAUGGAGUGAAGACCACCAGCUUGGAGUCAUUGGAGACACCGUGGCUGGGAGCGUCUUUGCCUCAGAAGGGUCAGUUUUGGUGGUGCAGCAACAAGUGAGGAACCAAAAAGGUGGUGAUGGUUUCUUGAACGGCAAGUUUGAUUACAAGAGUUUAGUUUCUCCUUGGUCUCAUCAUCACUCUCAUUAA